GGUAAUCAGCGGGACCCUCAAAUAGUAAACUCUCAAAUAUAUGUGGAUGUAGAUAGCGAUUAUACAAUGCAACAACAGUCCACUUUUAACGGUCAACAAAUGCAACCUAUCGUCGAUAAUAGUGGUGAACAAAUUAAUCUUAUUUGUGACGAUAUUAAAAACCAAAAUUUUAUUAAUUCACAUGAUUAUAUUCCUCCAAAAAAACGUCGUAUCCAGGCUAUUCAAGAAGCCUCGAAUAAUCUAACAUCUCAGCACAAUAUUUAUCUUCAAGUUGCCAAUAAAAAUCUUGAAGAAUAUCGAUCCAAGAUGAAGCACCAAAUGCACAAAAAAUAUAACAUUCAUGAAUGUGUUUAUGAAGCUGGUGAUUUAGUAAAAAUUCAAGUUGCCAAAAUUGACCAUGGCCCUGGUGAUCAUUGCGCACUUCCUUGCAAG